AAUUUUGAAAGAGUUAAUCGUGUCUCGAAAAUUAUAUUAUUAUUAUUAAUAAUGAGUUCAUUAGUCUAUAAUCAGUAUUUUUUCAAGUUUUUAAUGCUACUUAGAAAAACAUAAUAUGAAUUUAAAAAUCGAAGUGAAUAACUAAUGUCAUAUAUCAGAUACUGUAAUACAAAUAUUGUAUCGAUAAUUCUUGUACCUUUAAAAGACUGUUUGUUUAUAAAUUAAUUAGUACUAUAGUUUUUCCAUUCAAGCUGUUAUACAUGUUAUAAUUAAUACAUUUUGUCAUUCGUAUCAUCACUGUGUAAUGGCUACAGCCAAAACAUAUAUUGUAUUAUAUAAAAUACUACGUUUUCUAUUAGAAAAAAUUUUGAUUUUUUUUUAUUAAAUCAACCCAGCCUAAGACAUACAUUUCUAACUGAUAAUAAGGGAAAUAAUUAUCAAAUUGUUUCUAUUAAAAAUAUGUUAUCCAUCUAUACCGUUCUAUGUACUAGAACUAACUUGUACUCUCUUAAGUAUACCAUUUGUCCUAUAAAUAGUGUUGUUUAAAAACGAAAUUUUAUUUACUCAGAAAUAUUAACACGAGAAACUUUCAAUUAUUAAAAAAAUUUUUUUAAACAAAAUCAGAAAAGAUGUCAACCAUAAUGAUCCAAGCAACAGAUGGUCGACCACAUGAGAUUGAAAUAGAAUCUGUUGUAUACUCUGAAACUAUUAAAGACAUGCUGGAUGUUUUAAAAUCACCUGAACCUGAUGAAGUCAUUUCUAUACCAGGUGUACCCGAUAAAGUUCUCAUUCAGAUUAUUGAGUGGUUAAACUAUUGUCAUUACAAUUCAUUACCAUCUAAAACCCCUGAGAUCGAAAGAGAUUUGGAGCAGUGGAAGAAUCGAUUUCUUCAACAAAAUGCAAAUACAUUGAUAGAACUCUUAAAAGCAGCUAAUUAUCUCAACAUAAAAACUCUCUUAGAUGCUACAUCAAGCCAAUUAGCAAAUAUAAUUUCAGGAAAAACACCAGAAGCUAUUAGAGCAGAAUUUGGAAUUGCAGAUGAUUUAACUAGAGAACAAAAAAAAGAAAUUCGUCGAGAGAAUGAUUUAUGUGGAGUAUCAAGAUCGUAAUUAGAUAUUUUACUAAUUUUAAUAAAUUUUGUAAAUUUAUUUGUUACAGUGACAUUAUUAGAAAAAUUACGAAUUUUUCUUGAAUAUACUACAUUUUUGUAACAAAUAUUUUAAAAAUUGAAUUGUUAACAAAAAUACCGAUAAAGAAAAAUUAGUGAUUACCGCCAAAAAGUACAUCAUUCAUUUAUCAUGAGUCGGUAAAUUCUCAUGAGCUAUUGUCGGUACAGAGUAUAGAUGUUUGUGAGUGUGUUCUUGUUGUGAAUAAAAAUAAAUUAGUAAUAAAUAAAAUUUGAUGAAACUUAAAAAGUAAAAAAAA